AUUGCAGGGGAUCGGGUGGUGCAGCUCAUCAUGGAAUACGUCCCCCUCGGGAGUCUCCGCGAUUAUCUCCCCAGACACAGCGUCAGUCUGGCCCAGUUGUUGCUCUUCGCUCAGCAGAUCUGUGAGGGGAUGUCUUACCUCCACUCCCAGCAUUACAUCCACCGCGACCUGGCGGCACGCAACGUCCUGGUGGAGAACGAGAACGUGGUGAAGAUCGGCGACUUCGGACUGGCCAAAGCGGUUCCUGAGGGCCACGAAUAUUACCGCGUGAGCGAGGAUGGGGACAGCCCUGUGUUCUGGUGAGGAGCUCC